AUGAGCGGGGAAGCAGGGGGGACUGAGCUCUGGGGUACAGCCCCAAACUCCCCACCGCCCAUUCCCAUCACUGUGCCUUUGCACUACGCAGGGCCCAGGCGACUCCAGCUGGGGCAAGGCUCAGGGCGUGCUCGCACAGGGACAGCUACUAACGGCGCCGUGGAAAACCGUGUAACCGGCAGGCGCAGUCCUCGGCCCGGGCCGCCGGGGACUCCGCUGCUUCGCGAGCGGUGGCUAACGCGAGGACGGGCUGCCGCUUUAUCUCCGUGGCAGAGCCGGUCCUGCUCCUUUGAUCUUAGUGGCUCCAUAACAACUCCAGAUGUUAAGCUAAAUCUUGGAGGAGGAGGAGAAUUCAUCAAAGAAUCUACUGCAACGACAUUCCUGAGACAGAGAGGGUAUGGCUGGCUUCUGGAAGUAGAAGAUGAUGACCCAGAAGAUAACAAACCACUCCUGGAAGAACUGGAUAUUGAUCUGAAGGAUAUUUACUACAAAAUUCGAUGUGUGUUGAUGCCUAUGCCAUCUCUUGGGUUUAACAGACAGGUAGUGAGAGACAAUCCAGAUUUUUGGGGACCUCUGGCAGUUGUCCUCUUCUUUUCAAUGAUUUCGCUAUAUGGACAAUUCAAGGUUGUUUCUUGGAUUAUAACUAUUUGGAUAUUUGGAUCCUUGACAAUUUUUUUACUGGCCAGGGUUCUUGGAGGAGAAGUGGCUUACGGCCAAGUUCUUGGUGUGAUAGGAUAUUCCCUACUUCCCCUCAUUGUCAUAGCACCUGUACUUUUGGUGGUUGGAUCAUUUGAAGUUGUUUCUACACUAAUAAAAUUAUUUGGAGUCUUUUGGGCUGCAUACAGUGCUGCAUCGUUACUAGUUGGAGAAGAAUUCAAGACUAAGAAACCCCUUCUAAUUUAUCCAAUCUUUUUACUUUACAUUUAUUUUCUGUCUUUGUACACUGGGGUGUGAUCUAAUGUAAGAACGUGGCCAGAAACCGUGUUUUAUUUCACUUGCAGACUGAUAAUGCAUAAGACUAAGAAGGCUGGAGAUAGUACAAGUGACUGUUUUGUAUCCAGUUGUCAAGAUGUUUUAAGAUCGAAAACAUAUUUGUGUAUAUUAUUUAAUGAAGCAAUUGUAGCUAUAUAGAUUUGUAUCAAAGUUCUAGGUUUGUUUAAGACUCUCUUCAGAUUUUAAUGAACAAAAUACAAGAAUCUUGUGUUUUAUAACAAAGUGUAGCAAAAAUACAGCUUGAUACCUGUGCCAAAAGCACUAGGACCAGAUUACUAUAUUUGAGGAGAAAAAUGAGAAGUUAACUGUAACAAUCUCAAAGUGCAAUUUUUCUUUUGAGCUUAAACACAGCUGGCUUUUUAGGCACAGCAAAUUCUGUAGAUAAUAUAUUUAUGAAACAGUCCUGUUCACAGAAUAGUGUCUAUAAUCAAGACAUGAAGAUACUACUUUUAAUUUAGUGCCUCAAUUAUUUUGAUUUGGCUAUUGAGUUUUUAUAAAUUCCAAUUUGUUUUGACAGAAUGUAUAUACUGUGUAUUUUGUAUCUAUGGCUUGCGUGUAGCGUAAAUACUCCUUGGUUAAGAAUGUAUAUUGGGUUUUUAAAAACUGAAAAUACAAAUAUUUGAAGUCUUCAUUUCCUAUUUCUGACCAAAGGAGGAGCAAGGCAUUUACUGCGUGACAUAAUUCCUUAAAUUGCUUAUUUACAGAAUCAGAUUAUUUUAGUUAACAGUGUGAAUUUAGAAAGAAACAGGCAAACAACUUUGUCAACUAUAGUGCUGGCUUAAUGUUGGAGGAGAAGGAUGAUCUAUUGAAUUUGUGUGCUCUUUAAACAAUGUUAUUUUAUGAUGACAAAAUAAAAAGAAUGCUUCCCUAACUAUAUUUUAUAACACCUUGUUCUGUUUUGCGUUUAGUAGCAUGGUAUUUAACAUGCAUCCAUUGUUUUCCAAAUACUGUUUAUCCCAUAUAAAGAGAAAUAAAAAAAAAACUGCAAGGCCUGAUUCUCCCCCCAUUUAAUAAGGCAGAAUAACAGCCUUAGUAACAAUUACAGUUGUGCUAAUUUUGACCAUCCAAGGAUUAUGUAAUAAUGUGAUGACAUGUUAAAUAUUUCCUGUGUACUGUGUUGAUUGCUUAUGUAAUGAUCCUUAUGGUAAUGUUUCUUCACAAAGGAACUCCACUGAAGUUCACUUUGCAUGGUACUAAUUUAAGUCAUUUGCAAUCCUCAAUAUUUAAUAUUACCAAAUAGAUCUCAGGUUUCUUUUAAAAAAAAA